UCUUGUGCUUUCUCCUCCUUUGCUUCCAGUUACCAUCCUAAAAGGAUCAGCUGAAGGCCACCAGUUGGAUCGAACAUCCUAAGAAGAAAGACUCACACCAGGCCAGAAUCAACAGAAAAAGAUGAAGACUCUGACACUGCUGGUGUGCAUCUGUGCACUGAGUGCUUGCUUCUCACUCAGUGAAGGUCGAAAAAAGCCACGGAAGAUACAUCACAAAAAGAAUAACGUCCAACAACUUACAUUAAACCGCCAAUUAGUACUGCAUUCAAAAGCCAUCCAAUCUAACUGGGAUACAUUAAUUAAAAAGUAUUUAAUUUCUGGUCCACACAAAUACCCAAAGCCUUCACGUCCAAAUAGGAGAAAGCCAAAGCCAAAACGUCCCCCGCCAUCUAAGUGUCCAGUGAAAAGUAGCACUGCGGAGAGUAACUCCUCAGCGGCUACCACCUCAGCAGCUACCACCACAGCAGCUACCACCUCAGCGGCUACCACUCAAAUCCCAUCUUUCAAUCCCACAUCUCCAGGUGUGACUCCACUUAUUGCUACAACCACAUCUGCAGGACAAGUUAACAUGAGCUCCUCUGCAGCUACCCCAUCACCACAACCUUCCCCAGCUUUGUCAGACACCACAGCUGCCCCCACUACGUCUUCCCUACCUACACCAGCACCAGAACCUUCCUCAACUCCACUGGGCACCACAGCUGCCCCCCCUACGUCUUCCCUACCUACACCAGCACCAGAACCUUCCUCAACUCCACUGGGCACCACAGCUGCCCCCCCUACGUCUUCCCUACCUACACCAGCACCAGAACCUUCCUCAACUCCACUGGGCACCACAGCUGCCCCCCCUACGUCUUCCCUACCUACACCAGCACCAGAACCUUCCUCAACUCCACUGGGCACCACAGCUGCCCAAAAUACCACACCUAAUCCUUCCCCAACCAGUUCUGCACCUGAAACUUCCCAAACUACAGCUGCACCCAUAAUCGAAACUACCACUCCGGCCACUACUCAAAAUACUACUGUUGAACGAACAACCUCACCUUCCCGCCAAAAUCCAAAUUCUCAAUUCUGGCAAUAUAUUUAUAAGAUACUAAAGUACAUUUUUGGUGUUGCACCAAAUAAAUAGUACAUGAUACAUUAUGAAGUGUUCUGUUGUCAGAUAUGAUUUAUGAGUGCAGAACUACCACCUUUACUUUCACCACCAAUCUCAAAGUGAAAUUACAACAUUCCUCAAAUUUAAAGCACUAUCACUAAUCUUUGAAUCUAUUUACCUCACAUGACUUAUUAACGUGAAAAACAACCUCUAUCCCACAAAACAGGUGCAUGACCGUAAUUUAAGAUCACUUUGUGGAACCUACAGAGAUAGCCCACUGAGGAGAGGGAAGAUAAUAGCUAAAGAGCAAAAAUUAUACGGAUUAGGAACUAUUUAUUUUUCCCUAAAUGUUGCAAACCUUAAGGUCACUACUCUGUACCUGAAGUGAGAACGCACCUGAAUUGUCUAAUCCCACAAAUAUAAAGGGAUAAAAUUAGGUCUCUCAAGUAAACAAAAACAUGUAAACCUAGAUAGACCUAUCAUCGUGUUAUUAGAGACAAAAGUCCUUUAAACAAUCAUCUUAAAUCUUGAAAUCCAAUUCUAUUCCACAAAAUGUGAAGUGAGGAGGAGGAAAGUUGAUGUGAAGUAAAGAUCUGAAGUGAGCGAAAACAAAAUCUGGCAGCCAAGCACAAAUCAGGUCUCUGGCACUACAUAUCUGAGAGCAUAAAAUUGUUUAGGCUUUGUGGUUGAUAUUUAUUGUAUUUGUAAGUUAAUUUGGAUCCAAUGUACUUCAUUCUAGCCUCUGUAAAUCACAAGAAGACUUUUUGUGUAUGUUCACAUAGCUGUUGUCAUAUUUUAGUAUGAAUUCAAUUAAUCUUAUCUUACUAAUUCAAUUAAUUCACAUUAAUUCAAUGUAUUCAGCAGCAGAGUAUUUUCUAAAACUUUUAACCAUC